ACCUGCCUAGAACUGGAGCGUUAUCUGCAGACGGAGCCCAAGCGUCUGUCUGAGCUCUUCGACCAAGACUUGGACGGCCUCCUAACUCCAGCCUAUCUGAAGGAGGACGGAGAAGAGGAGCUGUCAGACGCCCUUCUACCCAGCCUGCCGAGCCUCCCGGAACCUCCCAGCCCACCUCCAGUGAUACUCUGCCCCACACGGAAGCACUUCCCCACCGCCGGCGCGAUAAGAAGAGAACUCAAAUCCAAAGGACAGGGUUUGGAAAACGUGGAAGGGAUGGAAGGGGUCCACCAGGCUCAGCUGAGCGCCGUGACCUCCCUGACGCCGCCGUCGUCGCCAGAACUGGGCCGGCACCUCGUCAAACCCAACCAGACGCUGACGGCCUCGGCCGACGGGACGCUCACCUUGAAGCUGGUGGCCAGGAAGGUGGGGCUCAGCGCGGCCCGGCUGGUGGCGGGUCACGCGCUUCCCGUCCGGAUGAAGGACGAGGAAGAGGGGGCCGCGUGCGUGAUCGGGGUCGGAGAGCUACCGGAGAACAAGAAGAGGAUCCACCGCUGCCAAUUCAACGGCUGCAGGAAGGUGUACACCAAGAGCUCCCACCUAAAAGCCCAUCAGAGGACGCACACAGGUGAGAAGCCGUACAAGUGCUCGUGGGAGGGCUGCGAGUGGCGAUUCGCCCGGAGCGACGAGCUGACGAGGCACUACCGCAAACACACCGGCGCCAAGCCUUUUAAGUGCAACCACUGUGACAGGUGUUUCUCGCGGUCGGAUCACUUGGCGCUACACAUGAAGAGGCACAUCUGAGGGAUUCAAGAGAGGUCAGCGGAAGAGAGGGGAGGCGGAGUGGAAGAAGAAGAAGAAGAAGAAGAAGGAGAGGGAGCGUCAUCUGCAGAGCAACAUGGACGUCGGAGGCAGGGAGAGAGAGACGGCGGGAUGGACUCGAAUUAAAACAGAUUUAAGGGGGGACGCUGACUACAGACGAAAACUGUCAAUCUGCGCCCAACCAGUUGGUCCACGACUCCACGGCGUCACCUCACAAAUGUCCGCCCCCCUCGUGUCGUGGACGAUACAGACGCUCCAUCCCACCCUUCGUAUGUGUCGCAGAGGGGAUCGACCACAUGACGAGACCAUGUGCCUGUAGUUGGCAGCUCUUUGUUUUAGUCAUCCUUGCGAGGGUUUUUUUUUCGCACUUCUAAAGAGUUCACGCAGCGGUGCUCCACAUGCCAGCGAGGAUACCGAUGCCAAACUGGACCAGUUGUACAGUAAUUUUUACCGACAGCAGCACUGCUGUUUGUAUAUUUCCUCUACUUAGAAUGUUCAUUUCCGACAGUGGCUCAGCCAAGCAAGCACUCCAUCCAACUUGCCGCAGCCUUUACAGAUCACCAAAGGGUUUAUUGUCUCACAUACUUGGACAAAUAAUAAUUCGACAUUUCGUCGUCCGACCUCUGUCACACCCACCAACUGGAUCCAUUUAUAAAUCCGUCUGGUUUGAUGGCAUCGGAGCACUUGUUUGAAUGGGGGUGUUAGAUUGGAUUUCCCGAAGACGUGAAGAUGGGAGGGUGUUGAGCUGAUGUGCUGCAAAGACUGAUUGAGGUCAUCCAGGGGCCUGGCUUGCUUUAUGAACGUCAUCCAUUGCGGGUUACCACUGGAUGAGGCUAACUAAUCUACUCUGGGAAAGACUCCUGGAACGUCGGCCGAAAUCGAGCGUCUCUAGAGAUGAGUGUUUUUUUUCCUCUCUGGGAUCUUGACUCUUAUGUUGUCAGAAACUGUUGCACAAUUGACUCUUUACAAACUUUUUGUAAAAAAUAAAUAAUAAAAAAAAAAACCUCCACUGUCUUGAACUGGGAGACAAUUUGGAAGUCACCAAACGCUGGCUUUCACAUGCCAUAGGAGCAUGGACGGCCACAUGCACAAGUCAAAGCAGCUAGCUGACUGUGAUAGCACACCGAACACAAACGAGAUCACUAUGUAUGUAAAGGCUAUAUUGUUUCUAAGAAAAGAUUCUCCUAUUUGUUCGAUAAAGACAAUUGAAAAAGACCACUUUGAAGAACUCAUUGGAAAUGGAUGCAGCCAAAAACAAAACAAAAAAAACACAAGUGUCCACAGUAGAUGCCUGAAAUGAUCUCUUUGGCCUUUUGAGAGUGAUUGGCACCUAACUAGCCACUGGGUUGAGGAGGGAUUCGUCCUGUUCGCACCACCCUUGGGGAAUUCUUCCAGUUUCGCAGCUUUCAGACACCAUCUCAGAAACAAAACAGCAUUUAACAGCUCUUUGAAUCUGGCCCUAUGCACAUCCAAGAACAUUCCUGCUGACUUCCCGACCAACAUGAAUGCAGAUCUCCACCCUGCUGGAUACGGAAGGACUUGUGGGAAGACCAUAAGGACACAAAUUCAAUCAAUUGGGUGGCUCUUCUCAGAGCAAAUCAAUGUGAAUGUAUCCGAGUCUGAAAAUGUUGCCGGGCCCAUAACAGCACUUGUGUGUGGUUGGUAAGAUCAUACCAGACGCCAUUUGUGUUCAUGCUUUCUCUUUUUUUGCAUUAGCAAUGAAUGAUAGGACUCGGAAUAACUGGCUAGUCACGGCUGGUAGCUUUCGACAUUUUACUGGUGGUACUGGACUAGCAGGAGGUCAUGAGUGCAGAUUGCCAGUGGGUGGCUGAGAUGGGUUAAGGGAGGACGGAGUUGCUCAGUCAGCAAUGAUAACUGCCCCAUCAGCUCAUGAAACUGCUGCAGAGUGAAACCCACACGCACAGGGAGACACAUACAUUCACUCCUAGAACACUGGAAUUAGCAUUUGUCCUGUGUGACCCGACGUUUAGCAGAGAGAACAAAGACGGAAAGAAAAAAAAAAAAAACAGUCCUUAGGCUAAUCCGCAGAUACGUUUUUAGAUGAACAUGCGAUCAGCUCAAGCGCACACAAAUCAAACAGGCAGCUUGGACAAAAGUAGAUUGUCGAGAUAAACUGUAUUGGGAACGGCGAUGUCGAGGUGUUCAUUCUUUAUUUUACAAGACUUUUAAUAUUUUGAGGCAAAUCGAGGCGCAAAGCAGUCUGCAGUUCGGUGAUUUCCCUCUGUGCACCAGAGGCACAAUUCAAUUUUGGGUAUAAAUGCGGAGAAGCUCAAUCAUAUCUAGACGUGAUCUACCUGCGGCUCUGGAAGUAGAUGCAUGUCUCAAGUCAUGUUUCACACAAAAAGUCUUUCUUCAACGUGGAAACAAGCCUUGGUUUCUUACAUUUCAAUCUCAGCUCGUCACAUACUGCCACUUUGUCUGGACCCUUUGGUGCCACAUUUGGGUACCACUUUUUUGCCGGCCUUUUAAAAAAUCUGAUGCCAUGAGUUGGUUUCUUUUGGUGUCUUCUCUUUCGGCAACAAGAAAUCUGCCAUGAGGUUCAUGUAAAAGAGUGAAUUUAAAUCCAAACGUGAUCUUUUGUGAGACUCAACCAAGUAACUUUGGGGCCUAAACUUCACCAAACAGUGAACAAAAGUGAAACUAAACAAGUGUGACCUAGCUUACAUCCCUCCGGUCUUCUUUAGCCUCGAUUAUACUCUAGUAUGGACGUGGACGACUGCAAACACCCAGUUGUUCUU